UUUUUAUGAAUGAAAGGAUCCAGCCCGCCGAUGGUGGACUGAUUCCGGGAAAAAAGGCGUUUAGCUUUCUAGUGCGUCUAAACACGGGCCCGUGCUGCGAUCACGUAUGUCAGUCGAAACACCGAACCAGCGGUAAGAAUCGUGGACUGCUCCGUAUUCAGCUUCGUGUGAAAUCAGCAAAGAAGAAAAAUCAACACCAGGUUUCAGGGAUACAUAAAUCCAGACAAUGACUUCAGACGGCAGAGCCAGUAAAGCCCUGAAGGUGAAGAGGGAAUGCGGGGAGAACGUCCCAGUGCUGAGCGACAGUGAGCUCAUGUCGCUGUCGGUGCGCGAGCUCAACUUGCACUUGCGCGGUUUGUCUCGCGAGGAAGUGCAGAAGCUGAAGCAGAGGCGACGCACGUUGAAAAACCGCGGCUACGCGGCGAGCUGCCGAGUGAAGCGCGUGUCCCAGCGCGAGGCCCUGGAGCAGCAGAAGAAGGAGCUGCAGCGGGAGGUGGAGCGGCUGGGGGCCGAGAACGCAGGCAUGCGGCGGGAGCUGGAAGGGCUGGGUGCCCGUCUCGCCGCCCUGCAGCGCUUCGCCAGAGGUCUGGAAUCCGGAGGAGGCAGUCUGCUGGCCACCACACCCCGUCUGAACACAGCCUCCGUCAUUACCAUAGUGAAGACACCGCAGCAGAUGCACACCUCUAAAGAGCAAGGAGCAUCCUAGGGCUCCACAUGGAUACGCAGACACACAUAGGUACAUCCCACAGACAGACAGACCAUGUAUACUCACAUAUACAGGAAGAAAAACAAGUACCAGUUGGGAAUUACAGUUUCACAUACAUGUAUAAACACACACAGACUGUAUAUACAGUCUUAUAAAUGUCCAAGAAUAAUCUCAGUGCUGUUGUUGUGGCCUCGAAUAUCCUGACAAGUGUAUAAGUCUGCACUUAUAAAGCUAUUGCUAAUGAUAGCGUUAUUGCUAUUUAUGCCCAUUACUGUGCUUUCUGGAUGGUGAUAUAUGUUUAAAAAAAAAUAGUCCUAACAACUUGUCUUCAUGUGGGACCACCAACAUUUCAGAAGUUGGUUAGUUUUGCUGGAUUAUCUCCAUGGUAUUACGGUGUCAUGGGACAAGAGAACGUGCAGAUCUAUUGAUACAUGCCAUUUAUAUAUUCUAAUGUUUGUAUAAAAGACAAAUGUUCAACAACAGACAUGAAAGCUAUUUUAUUUGUGUUCGAAACAAGAUGUUUGAAGGUAAUUUGUGCUGUGAUUGGUCUAAAUACUACUUCUGAUUGACUAGUUUGGGGUCAUUGUUUGAAUUAUUGUGUGUUUUUUUGUAAUGUUUACUUGUUGUAAGGAGUUAGUAGUUUAGUAAUGGUAAAGUAUACAGCCUUAUUACUUAUAAUAUGAUUCAGUAUGUGUGAGGGUCAUAUUUGUACUAAUAUUAGAGCGACUUGUUUGUAGUGGUAUUUUUGUAUUUAAAACCAAGACCAUAUAUAUUAUUUGCUAUUUAUGAUUAAAAACGUAUCUGAAUAUUUUGGACAGCUGGAAUAUUUAAAAAAAAAAAUACCAUUCAAGGGGAAAAAAGAGAGGAAGGGGAAUCUGAGGAAGAUGUGAAAAUAGAGGACAAAGGGGAAGAGAGGAGCCAGAAGGAGAAGUGAGCACUUGCAUCUCACACGGGAGGGAAAAAAGGAGGAUAAGAAAGUGACAGAAGGAAAGUGAAAGAUAUAAAUGAUAUCACAUAUACGUCACAUCAACCCGUGGUCGUCAGGAUGACUUCCAACUACAAGCCGGGUUUACUCCAGUGAACGGAGUGAUACUGUAUGAUCAGGUGACGAUCCGUCAUGUUAAACGUGGAUCUCUCUGGUGAUUUGUUUUAUUGUGUAGUUAGCAAUGUCGUCAUCAGUACUGAGAAUCUAACCUGGGAAUAUCAUGCCCAUGAUACCUGUGCUUCAGAACAAUGUGCAGAAUGUUUUGUAAGAGAGGAGAGCACACAAAAAACCUGAUGUUUGUAUUUAUUAUCUGUAUUUUUCUAUGGUAAAUUCAUUGUCUAUUUUAUAUCAUUUAAUUGAAAUAAAUGUUGUAUAUAUUGUA